UUUGUUCAUAGUGUACAACAUGAGGCUUGGUUGUGAAUAUCCAAAAAACAGUUUCCCAUUAUUUCACUACUAAUGGGUGAAUGUACCAGUACUGUGGUAUCCUUAUCAAGAUAUCACAUACUUGCAUUGAUCAGCACAAGCUUCUUGGAAUGAUGCUCAACACCCUGUGUCACAAAUAAAUUGUAUGCAGUAUAAAUUAUUGUUCAAAAAUGUCUGGAGGUAAAGAUUCUCCCAUGGUGAUAGACUCAGAUGGGUCUGACAGUUAUGAAUCAGAAGAUGAUUAUUCUCCUCCUGGAUCACCAAGGUCAAGAACAGACACUCCACCCCCUCCACCACCAGGCACCACAUCUGAUGGAUCCCCUGGACAAGACAACAUAGUUGAUGGUGCUCAGGACUAUGUUGAUGUGGAUGAGAGUCCUGUAGUUGUGGAUGAGAAGGCUGCCUUGCUGGAGGAGUUUGAGAGGAAGAGAAGGGCCAGACAAAUGCAUGUGCCUACUGAGGAUUCAGAGGUCGGAGCUGUGCUGCGCCAGCAUGGUGCUCCGUUCUGUCUGUUUGGUGAAGGUCCGGCUGAACGCAGGGAUCGUCUUAAAGACCUCUUGUCCCGCCUCACUACUGACCAGCAGCAACAACAACAACAGCAGCAGCAUGUCACAAAGCAGGAGCUGCCUUCCGUUCGUCGCAAAGAAGAAACUUGGUAUCAUGAAGGACCCAAGAGACUGAAAGAAGUGCGUCAGAAUUUAUUACAGUAUUCAAUACCUCGGGCACGUGAUAGACUUGAGAAAGAAAGAGCCCUCAAUGCCGACCCUACUCUCAUCACAGCCCAAAAACAGGAAACGUCAGCACGGUUACGUCGCUACCAGCUUCUUAUCAGCCAGAAUGCCGACAUUCGCCCUGUGAGCUGCGUCAGGUUUAGUCCUGACGGUCGGCAGCUGGCAACCGCAAGCUGGUCUGGCAAUGUGCAGGUAUGGGACGUAUCAGACGAUGGUCGUGACGGCAGCCGCUCUCUCCGCGGCCACGAAGGUCACGUGGACAGCCUAGCGUGGCACCCCCAAGCCCGCAUCUCACAGUCUCCUGCCCAGUUGAACCUCGCGUCGUGUGGGCGCGACGGAUCCGUGCUGCUCUGGGGGCUGGAGUCCGAGUCGUGCAUCGCUAGCCUCCCCAGCGUGGGCGCCAGGGCUACUGAAGUCGCCUUCCAUCCCUGCGGCACACUUCUGGCGGUCACCGUGGAUGAUGCCAGCUGGAGACUCUGGGACGUUGAAGCGGGGGAAGAGGUGCUGUUCCAAGAAGGGCACAGCAAGGGCGUGUGUUCGAUCAGUUUCCAGAAAGACGGCGCACUGGCCGCUACGGGCGGCAUGGACAACUUCGGUCGUGUAUGGGAUUUGCGUACCGGCCGCUGCGUGAUGUUCAUGGCUGGGCAUCAAGGUGCCAUCUUGUCCGUGGACUGGUCUCCUGAUUGCUACCAUCUGGCGUCUGGCAGCGCGGAUAAUUCUGUUCGCAUUUGGGAUGUACGACAACGUGUCUCGAUUCUCACGUUGCCAGCGCACACAAAGCUUGUGUCUGCAGUGCGAUACGAGCCGUGCAACGGGUCAUACCUCGCAACGUGUAGUUACGAUGGCAUGGUACGCUUGUGGCCUCAUAAAGUCUGCCAGCCCCUCAGGACCCUGCAGGGGCACGGCCAUAAAAUCAUGAGUGUCGAUAUCAGCCCUGAUGGCACCUCAAUUGCCACCGGCGCCUUCGAUAAGACUUAUAAAAUUUGGGGACCUGAUUAAUUUUAUAAUUGUUUUUUUUUACGUUUAAACUUAUUAUAGUACAAAAAAACCCUUACGUUUGUAGACCAGCACAGGAUUUAAAUGCAUCUAUCGGGUAUGGUAGUUCAUCUCCUACAUUACUACAACGUAAAACAUUUUGAAACGUGAAUAGAAUCGUCAUCAUUUGUGUGAGAUCUAUCUAAUUCUAUUUUACAUAAUUCAAAGAAGCAAAUGCCUUUUUUACUAUUUUCCGCGUUUCAGUUUUAAAUUAACGUCCAUUUUCAAUCCGGCACUAUGAAGGUUGUAAAUAUACUUCUACUCGGC